CUUCACUUUACUGUCCAAUCAAAGAUUACGUUGCUGUGUUGUUGUACGUGCUCUGACAGCGGAACUGAAUAAUCGAAAUACAGGCUGUCUGCUAGAAACCAACACAACAAGAUGGAGGUGGAGCAGCUCCUGUCUCUGUCAGGCUCAGCACUGGCCCAGGCUGUCAGCUCCCUGCUGGAGACCCCAGGCCUCUACGUCUUCUCUGAUCUGGAGCUGCCUAAUGUCAGAGAGCUGGAGAAUGGCCCUCAUGCACCAGUGUACCAGCUCCUGAACCUCUUUGCCUAUGGAACCUACUGCGACUACAAAGAGAGAGCAGCCUCUCUUCCAGAGUUGACCCCGGCACAGAAGAACAAACUCCGCCAUCUGUCCAUCAUCAGCCUGGCAUCCAACCUCAAGUGCCUGCCGUACUCACUGCUCCUGCAGCAGCUCGAGCUGAAGAAUGUGCGGGAGCUGGAGGACCUGCUGAUCGAUGCUGUUUACUGUGACAUCAUCCAGGGCAAACUGGACCAGAGGAACCAGCAGGUGGAGGUGGACUGCAGUGUGGGUCGUGAUCUCGGCCCCAACGAGCUCCCCAACAUAAUCAACACACUGCAGGAGUGGUGUACAGGGUGUGAGGCGGUGCUGUGUGGUAUUGAGGAGCAGGUCUCGAGGGCAAACCAGUACAGAGAGAGCCAGUUGAAAGUCAAAGUCCAAGUGGAAACAGAGGUGUCAAACCUGCAGAAAACGUUAAAGGCCAGCGCCGCCUCUCCGUCUUCAGGCCCUGCUCCCGCUGGAGCCGCCUCCAAUCAGGAUGCAGACCAGCCUGCAGAGCCACGAGACCCCGCCUCCUCUCAGGAACCACGACAACCAGGGAAAAAAAGCUCUAAGGUGAAAGGGCUGCGCGGCAGUGGGAAGAUAUGGUCCAAGUCCAACUGAAGACACAAGACUCAUAUGUGGAGACGGCAGUACUGAUGGACACUCUCACAAAUUAACGAACACAUGGACACGUUGACGGACAAACGGAUAUAUUAAAGAUGUGACAAAUGUUCACGGACACCCUUGCCACAGUAAAACCUGGAAGCUUCAUGGGAACUACUAAAUCUCACCUUUGAUGGAAAUUCAGAAAUGCACACUGGCUGAUGGAAAUGACAGGUGUGACAAUACACUCUUGCAGUUUUUAAUAGCGUAACAGGCGGACUAUUAGUGUACACACACACACAUACACACAGCACUUGUAACACAUCAGGACAGAACAGCAGGAGUCAGUUGCCUUUGACCAGAGUCAUGAUCAGUGUAUUUAACACGUAUGUGUGCUUCUCUUGGUUUAAAAAUGUUCUUUUGGUUUAGAUUGAUUCUAUGUUGCUUUGUAUUUUUUCUUUCUUCUGAGUUGGGACAUGUGUAAAAUCUGAAUAUAAAUUGUUGGGAAAUAAAACGAAGCCCUGUACUUAU